GAUAUUUUGUCCGAAAUAUUAUAAUUAUUUAAUUAAAACAUAAAAUAUUAAACGUGUAUACUAAUAAAAACUUAAAUCUCAAACAAAUAGCAUGUUUGAUCAAAGUAUCAUUGGAAUAUGUUUUUGUGUCUGCUUAGCAAUAGUUUUCAAUUUUUCUUUACAUCGAAUAGAAGAAGGUCAUGUUGGUGUAUAUUUUAGAGGUGGUGCAUUAUUACCUCAAGUUAGCAAUCCUGGAUUUCAUAUGAUGAUACCUUUAUUAACAACAUAUCGUGCAGUUCAAGUUACAUUACAAACAGAUGAAGUAAAAAAUGUUCCUUGUGGAACAAGUGGUGGUGUAAUGAUUUAUUUUGAUCGUAUAGAAGUUGUAAAUAUAUUAGAUGCAAAUAGUGUUUAUAAUAUGGUAAGAAAUUUUACAGCAGAUUAUGAUCAAACAUUAAUAUUUAAUAAAAUUCAUCAUGAAUUAAAUCAAUUUUGUUCUGUACACACAUUACAUGAGGUAUACAUAGAUUUGUUUGAUCAAAUAGAUGAAAAUUUAAAAACUGCUUUACAAAAGGAUUUAAAUGAUUUAGCACCUGGUUUAAGUAUUCAUGCAGUUAGAGUUACUAAACCAAAAAUUCCAGAAACUUUGAGAAAAAAUUAUGAAUUAAUGGAAGCAGAGAAAACAAAACUUUUAAUAUCAAUUCAACAUCAAAAAGUUGUUGAAAAAGAUGCAGAAACAGAUAGAAAAAAAGCUGUUAUUGAAGCAGAAAAAGAAGCACAAGUAGCAAAAAUACAAUUUAAUCAAAAAAUUAUGGAAAAAGAAUCUUUACAACGAAUAGCAGCAAUUGAAGAUGAAAUGCAUUUAGCAAGACAAAAAAGUCAUUCUGAUGCUGAAUAUUACCAAACAAAGAUGCAAGCUGAAGCAAAUAGACUUCUGCUUACCAAAGAAUUUUUAGAAUUAAAAAAAUAUGAAGCAUUAGCACAGAAUACAAAAGUAUAUUAUGGUCAAGAUAUACCAAAAAUGUUUAUGUAUGGAGGUUGCUCAAGUGAUGAUAGUACAAAUUCACGUAUAGAAAUUCAAAAAUAAUAAUUAUAGAAAUACAUUUUUUUUUAAAUAUUAUAUGAUGAAAUAGUUAUUUUAUUUAUGUUUAUAUGUAAUCAAUUAAAAUAUAAUUUAUCAAUUUUUUUGUGAUUAUCAUAUGUAAUACAUAUAUAAUAUGAUUGUUUAUUUAUAAACUUUAUUAGACUUAAUCAAAUUUUGUAAUAAAAAUUUUGUUAAUAUAACAAAUUUUUAAUACUAUUAAUAUUA